AUGGCUGACACCUGCUGCACCAGGACUUGUGUGAUCGCUGCAUCCACCACAUCUGUCUGUUCUAGCAACCUGAGCUGUGGCAGCCGUGUGUGCUCACCCAGCAUCUGUCCUGGGGCAUCCUGGCAGGGGGACAAUUGUCAGGAGAGCUGUUGUGAGCCCCCCUGUUGUGGCCCUAGCUGCUGUGCCCCAACCCCCAGCCUGACCCUCUUCUGCACCCCAGUGAGCUGUGUGUCCAGCCCAUGCUGCCAAUCCACCUGCCCCAGCUCCUGCACACCAUGCUGUCAACAGUCCAGUUGCACCUCCUCCCCCUGCCAACAGUCCUGCUGUGGGCCCCUGUGCUGCAAGCCCGUCUGCUGCACACCUAUCUGCUGUGGGUCUUCCUCCUGCUGUCAACAGUCCAGCUGCCAGCCCUCGGGCUGCAGCUCCUCCCCCUGCUGUCCCCUCUGCUGUGCACCAGUCUGCUGUGAACCUGUCUGCUGUGCGCCCCUCUGCUCUGGAUCCUCCUGUGGCCAGCAGUCUAGCUGCCAGCCCUCAAGCUCCCAGUCGUCCUGCUGUGCGCCCCUCUGCUGCAAGCCCGUCUGCUGCAGACCCUGCUCCAGCGUGUCCCUGCUCUGCCGCCCCGUGUGCAGACCCGCCUGCUGCGUGCCCGCCUCCUCCUGCUGUGCCUCCUCCUGCCAGCCCAGCUGCUGCCAAGGGUCCUCCUCCGUGUCCCUGCUCUGCCGCCCAGCCUGCUCCAGCCAGGCCUGCUGA